AUGUAUACCGAUGUUCAGGUAAAUGAAGUAACUAGCUCAAAUCCGGAGGCCAGUAAUCAACAAGAACAACAACAACAAUUUCAACGUUCAGAAGUUGAAGAUGCAUUGUCAUAUCUUGAUCAAGUUAAGCUUGAAUUUAGUGAUCAACCCCAAAUAUUCAAUAGUUUCAUUCAGAUUCUGAAAGAAUUAAGAUCACAAAGUAUUAGUACAUCUAGUGUUAUAACAAAAGUUAGUAAUUUGUUCAAAGACCAUCCAGAAUUUAUUGUUGGUUUUAAUACAUGUUUACCACCAGGUUAUAAAAUUGAAGUUCAAGCUGAUGAACAAGAUCAUACUCAUCAAGUAUCAAUAAUUAUGCAAAUGAGUGAAGAGUCGAUACAUACACAUUGUACAGUUGAAUCACCAUCAAAUCAACAAUCAAUGCCACUAUCUAUUCAUCCAUUAUACGCUGGGUCAUUACCAUCAUUUAAUAAUUCACAAGCACAAGCUGGUGCAUCAUCAAAUACUGGAGCAUUUAAGCAUGCUAUUGAUUAUGUUAAUAAAAUUAAAAAUAGAUUUCAAGGACAACCAGAUAAGUACAAACGAUUCUUGGAAAUUCUUCAUACAUAUCAAAAAGAACGAAGAGUUCUUAAAAAUGAUGGUGCUGUUGCCAGUGGUGGUGUUCCUACAGUUGCUAAUGCAUCUGGUUUAAAAUUAACUGACGCUAAAGUAUAUGCACAAGUUGCUAAACUUUUUGAAAAUCAAGAAGAUCUUCUUGCUGAAUUUGGACAAUUUUUACCUGAUGCAACAAAUAGCUCAAAUAGCCUGUCUGCUAUGUUUCAGAGUAACAAAGUGACCGCAAAUGAUCACCAUAUUCCAUCAGAUAAUUUAGAACGUGAAAGAGAUCAUCGUACAAUUGCAUCACCACCAUCAGCUGGGCCAUUACCAUCAUUUAAUAAUUCACAUGUUGCAUCAGCUCAAGCACAAGCUGAUGCAUCAUCAAAUACUGGAACAUCACACCAUCAACCAGUUGAAAUUAAUCAUGCUAUUAAUUAUAUUGACAAAAUUAAAAAUAGAUUUCAAGGACAACCAGAUAAGUACAAACAAUUCUUGGAAAUUCUUCAUACAUAUGAAAAAGAUUAUACAGCUUUUAAAGAUGGUGGUGGUAUUGGUACACAUCCCAAGUAUACCAUAAUCACUACAGCUAUCAGUGAAAUUGGAAGUAGAGUUUAUUCAAAUUCAACUGUAAGACAAUUACCAUUGACAAAAAUUCAGGAUAAAAUGGACUAUAGUGAAGACGAAACACCACGACUUGAUGGAUAUAGUAAGACAGUUAACAUAAACGACGGAGAGUUUAAAGUUACUUAUUGGUCAGUAGAUCCAGCAGAUCCAUCAGAACCUAGUUCAAGUCUAAGUGCUAGUAAUGAACAACAACAACAACAACAACAACAUCAACGACAACAACAGCAUCCACCACAAUUUCAACGUUUCAGAGUUGAAGAGGCAUUGUUAUAUCUUGAUCAAAUUAAGCUUACAUUUGAAGAUCGACCACAAGUAUAUGCAGCUUUUCUUGAUGUUAUAAAAGAAUCCAAAAGUCGAAGUAUUGACAUACCUGAUGUUAUAACAAGAGUUAGUCAUUUGUUUGAAGGCUAUCCAGAUUUAGUUUAUGGUUUCAAUGCAUUUAUGCCACCAGAGUAUAAAAUUGAUGUACAAGUUGAUAGACAAAAUUCUACUUAUCAAGUAUUCCUGAAAAGUUAUCUAUAAA